UCCAACACAGGCUGGACUAUGUGGAGGAAUACCAGAACCUGGUGACCAACUCGGAGACGAUGGGCAUUGAGGUCUUCACCAUCCCAAAGGUGGGACUGUUUGCAGCCAUGGCCAACAGGAACACACCCCCAGGAUCAGCCAUCUACAGGUGGACUGACGGGAAGUUUCUGCACUACCAGAACAUCCCCACCUACCAAGCCCAGUCCUGGAAGUAUUUCACCAUUGGGAAGAAGAUCUUCCUGGCAGUGGCAAAUUUUGAGCAGAAUGAGAGGGGUCAGGAGUUCUCUGUGAUCUACAAGUGGAGCCGCAGGAAAGCGAAGUUUGUCACAUACCAGCGGAUCACCACACACAGCGCCAGGGACUGGGAGGCCUUUGUCAUCGAGGGAGAGGCUUUCCUUGCUGUGGUCAACCACAGAGAAGGGAACAACCACAACAUAGACAGCGUGAUAUACAGGUGGAACCCCAGGACAGGGCUGUUUGAAACUAACCAGACCAUUCCUACCUCUGGAGCCUACGACUGGGAAUUUUUCACCAUCGGACCAUAUUCCUUCCUGGCUGUAGCUAACACAUUCAAUGGCACGUCCACUAAGAUCUACUCACACAUCUACAUCUGGCUCAGUGGCUCUUUCCAGCUCUUCCAGUCUAUCCUGACAUUUGGUGCGGCUGACUGGGAGGUUUUUCAUAUUGGGGACAGAGUCUUUCUGGCUGUUGCCAACAGCCACAGCUAUGACAGCGGGAUGCCAGCACCCUCCAAUUUCUACGCCAUCAACUCUUCCAUCUAUGAGCUGAACAUCACGGCCCAGAUGUUUGUUAAAUUCCAGGACCUUCUCACCUACAGUGCCCUGGACUGGGAGUUCUUCUCGGUGGGAGAUGACUCUUUUCUGGUGGUCGCAAACUCCUUCAAUGGCUUCACCUUCUCUGUUAACAGCAUCAUCUACAGGUGGCAAGGCUACGAAGGCUUCGUGGCAGCCCACCACCUCCCCACUGUGGGCUGUAGAGACUGGGAGGCGUUUCACACCCCUGAGGGCUCCUACCUGUUCUACUCCAGUGCCAAGGAGCCGCUUUCCAAGGUGCUCAAGCUGAAAACCACCUGAGGCAGCUGAGACGUGCUCAGCUCAUCACCAGGACCAGGGCAAUCUGGGCAUCCAGGUGAAGAUGGACCACAGAGCCCAGGAAUUG